GGGGCCGAUACCUUCAGGGACGGCCCCCUGAGCGCCAGACGGGCCGGACUUCACCCUGAAGGAGCGGUGGUUCUGGGAGUGGGCACUGUGGGCUCUGGAGCGGCGUGGAGCAGGACUAAACCCAGCAGACGGGUCAGAACCGAACCUCAGCAGCUAUCAUGGCCACAGCGAGCACCUCCGGGCAGAGCGGCUUCGGCAGGAAGAAGAAGAACCCGGGUCUGAUGGACCAGAUUAGCAAAUUCUUCGGAGGAGAGAAGAAGAAGAGGAGCAAAGGGUCGUUCAGAGGUCACCACGCCACCUCGCCCCAACAGUCCUCCGCUCGCCGUCGGACCAACGAGAACGCCGUGGUUCAUUUCUUCAGGAGCCUUGUUUCCUCUCCUCCUCCCAAAUCCACGUGGAGAGAAGCCCUGGGUUUGGCGUCCUCGGCGCGUCCUGAGAGCACGAAGUCGCCGGUCCGGAGGCGGAGAGAACAAAGCACGCUGUCCAGACUCUUCAACCUGAAUUCUAUUUCCUGUUUGUGUUCGAACGGAGCAGUGACGCUGCCGGCAGCGAUCAGGAGACGCCAAGCCCCGCCCACCUCCUAAACGCUGGAGCACCAUCUUCUAGGCUCUCCGCCGAGGACCAGACCUCGAACCGGAACUCGGACCCAACGGGACCGGAGGGAGAACGAGGAGGAGACACAGAUCUGCCUCCUCCUCCUCCAGAGGAGUUAACCCACUAACCAGAAGCUCCUGAAGCUCAGACAUCGGAUCAGAACCGCUCUGCAGGACCUUCUUCUCUAAUCCGCCUGUCUGAUGUUGCUCCUGUCUGCCUGUCUGUCUGCCUGCCUGUCUGCCUGUCUGCCUGUCUGUCUGCCUGCCUGUCUGCCUGUCUGUCUGCCUGUCUGCCUGCCUGUCUGCCUGUCUGCCUGUCUGUCUGCCUGUCUGCCUGUCUGUCUGUCUGUCUGUCUGCCUGUCUGUCUGUCUGCCUGUCUGUCUGUCUGCCUGUCUGUCUGUCUGCCUGUCUGUCUGCCUGUCUGCCUGUCUGUCUGCCUGUCUGUCUGCCUGCCUGUCUGUCUGUCUGCCUGCCUGCCUGUCUGUGACUGACGCAUCGUGGGUCGUGCUCGGAGCUAAACGUUGCUUCCAUGGGACUUUGGGUUUGUGUGAUUUUCUUUGGGCCCUUUUAGAAGCACUAAACCAGAACUUCCUGUUUGUUUGUUUGUUUGUUUGUUUGAUGACAUCAUACCAGGUUUGUUUCAGCUGAUGGUUUCACCGUAAGUGUUGUAAAGGUUUUGGGUAGAAGCCGAGAGGCGGAGCGAGGAGAACCGAGGCGUUCGGACUGCAUGUUGGACUCUGUUGUUAUUUACUCUUUAACUCAGAUGUUGUGUAAAUAUAUUUAUCUGAGUCGGACUUCGGUUUGAAAUGUGAAUCUUAACCGAUAAUAAACGCCUUCAGUCUUCGACUCAUUAAGGUCAUUAAAGGGCUCGGCGGCGGCGCUUUUACGUGGAGUAAACCAUGUUGUGUUGUGUCAUCACGCUGUCGUUUGACUUUGUAACCAAUCAGGAGAACAAAUAAAGUUUUAUCCAACAAAA